CAUGUCUUUUCAUCUUGGAUAUUCUGAAGCCAUGGUUAAAUUAGUCGAGGAAUGUACUGAUAAUGGUAUUCACGUUGUAGCCUCAGCUGGCAAUUCUAAUAUCGAUGCAUGCUCAGUAACUCCAGCUGCUGCUCCUUCAGCUAUUACGGUUGCCUGUUCUGAUAAAUCAGAUCAAAUGGCCGAUUUUUCAAAUUAUGGACCAUGUGUUGAUAUUUAUGCCCCAGGUGUAAAGAUUUUAUCAGCUUAUAUAAAAUCAGAUACUGAUAAUAUGUAUCUUGAUGGAACAAGCAUGUCUGCUCCUCAUGUUGUAGGCACAUUAGCGCUUUAUAUUUCAACUUAUGGCAACUUACCUCCAUCAAAUAUGUCUAAAGCAAUUAUUUCAUUAGCAACCAAAAACAUUAUUACAGGAAUUCCUGAUAGCAAUAAUACUUAUUUUUUGCGC